GUCACAUUCGUGUUAAGCGGGUUGUGUCGUGUUUGACCUAUUUUUAUUUCGUGUCAAGUCGUGUCGACCCGUUUUCGAUCCGCGUCUAAAUUUCUCGACCCUAACCCGUAAAAUUCGUGUCGUGUUCGUAUGCCGUGUCGAAACCCGUUUUGCCACUCCUAAUAUAAAUAAUAUGUCCUAAAAUAAUUGGUAGAGACAGAAAAAGCACACCAAUUUAGGGCAACAAUUUUUUUUUCAGUGUUAAGUACUUAAUAUAGUAUUUUAAACAAUAAAAUAUAUUUACGUUUCGAGAUAUUAGAAUAUAAAACUAUCAUCUUGCUUAUACACUAUUUUAUACAUAUAUAUAUAUCUCUCAAGUUUACUUAUGUACAUCUAUUUUUCUUUUUUUAUUUUUUAAGUAUAUUAGUUAAUAUAUAGUACCAGCAAGUUAUGGUGUAGGACAAGUUGCAUAUAUAAAUAUAUAAAUUUAUAUAUAUAUAUAUGUGCUAUAUAUAUGAAUGUCAUUUCCAUUAAUUUUCCCAAACACUUGAUCAUUACUUUCUACAAAUAAUGUCAAAUAUUCAACAUCAAAUCUUAUUAUCUUUAUCUCAAAAUAAUAAUAAUAAUAAUGAGAAAAUUAUUAUACACAAAAAUGUUGUUGUUCGACCAACAACAAAAUUUCACCCUUCUAUUUGGGGAGAUCGAUUCCUCCAUUACAAUGUAUCACAACAACACUUGGAAUGCAAAGAAGAACGAGUGAAGGAAUUAGUUGAAGUUGUAAGGAAAGAGAUAAUGAUAUCAUUAUUAUCAUCAUGUGAUAAUAAUAAUAAUGAUAUUGAUGAGUUAAUGAAGUUAAUUGAUAGUGUUCAACGUUUGGGAUUAUCACACCAUUUUGAGACUCAAAUAGAACAAAUGUUGGAAAGUGUUUACCAAUAUUAUUAUUAUUCUACUACAAAACAUGAUCUAAACUACUACAAACAUGAUCUACAUCAUGAUUCUAUUAUGUUUAGACUAUUAAGACAACAUGGGUUUAAGGUUUCAUCAAGCAUAUUUGAGAAAUUCAAAGACGAGAAAGGUAAUUUUAAGAAAAGCUUGAUAACCGAUGUUUCGGGUUUGCUUAGUUUGUAUGAGGCUUCCUACUUGAGUUAUGUUGGAGAAAGCAUACUAGAUGAAGCACUUGCUUUCACAACCACUCAUCUUAAGGCUAUUGUGGCAAAUAGUAAAGAUCAUCCAUUAUCACAUCAAAUAUCCAAAGCAUUGGAAAGGCCAUUAAGAAAGACCAUAGAGAGGCUUCAUGCUAGGUUUUAUAUCUCAAUCUAUGAAAAGGAUGCCUCUCAUAACAAAGUAUUGCUAGAGCUUGCAAAGUUAGAUUUCAAUCUACUUCAAUGUUUCCACAAAAUGGAGCUUAGUGAAAUUAUGAGGUGGUGGAAAAAGCAUGACUUUGCAAACAAAUUCCCUUUUGCAAGAGAUAGGAUGGUGGAACUAUAUUUUUGGAUGUUGGGUAUAUAUUAUGAACCCAAAUACUCUCGAGCAAGAAAGCUAACAACCAAAAUCUCUGCUUUGAUUUCAAUCACAGAUGAUAUAUAUGAUGCAUAUGGUACAAUUGAUGAGCUUGAGCUUCUUACCCAAGCCAUGCAAAGGUGGGACAUAAAUUUUAUAGAUAAACUUGAGCCAGAAUAUUUGAAGACAUAUUAUAAAGCAAUGUUGACUUCUUAUGAAGAAUUUGAAAAAGAGUUUACAAAGGAAGAAUUAUACAAACAUCAAUAUGCAAAAGAAGAGAUGAAAAAAUUGAUUCGAGCUUAUUUAGAAGAAGCUCGAUGGUUGAACGAUGGAUACUUGCCAAGCUUCGAUGAGCAUUUGAAAGUUUCUUAUGUUUCUUGUGCUUACACAACGUUAAUCGCCACAAGUUAUGUAGGAAUGCAUGAUAUUGUAACACAUGAAACUCUAAAUUGGCUCUCCAAAGACCCUAAAAUUGUUUCGGCUUCCACUCUACUUGCUAGGUUCAUGGAUGAUAUUGGUUCUCGCAAGUUUGAGCAAGAGAGAAAUCACAUACCAUCUACAGUGGAAUGUUACAUGAAGCAAUAUGGGGUAUCAGAAAAAGAGGCAAUUGAAGAACUGAAUAAAAGAGUGGUCAAUUAUUGGAAAGAAAUUAAUGAAGACUUCAUUAGGCCAACUGUUAUGCCUUUCCCUAUCUUAGUUCGUGUUCUUAAUGUUACAAAAGUGUUGGAUCUUCUUUACAAAAAUGGUGAUGAUCAAUAUACACAUGUUGGAAAAGUGUUUAAAGAAAGCAUUGCUGCUUUACUUAUAGAUCCAAUCCCUGUACUAUAAAAACCUUAUGAUGAUCAAACUCAACAACCAACUAAUCGAUGAUCGAUGGUCGUGAUCGUGUCGUGGUGAAGUAUUAUUGAUUUGGUUAGGGAUUGCAAUGUUUGAGUUUUUAUUUAGUGUUUUUUUUCUCAUGAUGUAUUAUUUUUUUGUUGUUUAUUUGUGUUUGUUUGUUUUUUUUGUAAUAAUAAUUGAUUAGGACCAUGUCCUAUGAGAACCUUAUUGGUGUGCUUUGUUUUGUGUAUCAUUUGGGUGGUGUAAUUUAAAUAUUUGAUGAUUUGUUAUGCAAUUGUACAAUUUUUUUUUACCUUCAAUAAUCCAAGACCCUAUGUUACAACAACGAUAAAUUGGUAACUCAUUUUAAUCCGUUCUAGGACUUAAACUCAAAAUCGAAAAUUUCUCUAUCGAUAAACAACAAGGUAAUAACCCAAAUAUCGAAAAAAUACAAAAGCUAA